GUAGAUCUUGAAAGCACCAAGAGCGAGCUGGAAACCGCGAGACAGAAUGGGGAUCAUUGGCAGACACGUUGUCAAGAUGUGCUCCAUAAGUACGACCGCAUCGACCCGGCGGAACUGGAAGCACUCAACGAGAAGAUCGACUCCCUGCAAUCUGAGCGUGACCAGCUCCUCGAAUCGCUCAACGAAGCGAAAGAACAGAUCAGCAAGUUCGAUGAGCGGUUGUCCACUGAGAUCGAAGCGGCCAAGGCAACUCAAGAAGCGAGCUUCCAGGAGCGCCGCGAGAAGAUGAUUGCUCAGUUCAAGGAGAGGUCGCGUGAACUGUCGGGGAAGAUCAAGGAGAAAGAUGGGUCCAUUCAGUCUCUCACCCAAGAGCGAGAUGCCAUUCGCCAAGAACUUGAGCAGAUCAGAGAAGAGUUAAAGAACACAAGAGCAGCACGGGACGAAGCGCUUGCUCGUGCGGCGAAUGCUAGCGCUGAUGCUGUCAUGGGCGAAGAAGGCCAGAUUGAAGAAGGUCUUGCAAAUGAGGAGCGUCAAGCUCUGGAAGGUCGCGUCAAAGCAGCUGAAGAUCGCGCUAAUGGAGAAUCGAAUCGAGCCGUUGCACUCCACAUCGAGAAUCAAGGGAAAGACACAAGGAUACGAGAGCUUGAGAAUCAGAUUGUGCGUAUCAUUUGUUUGGCUGCACGAUAAGUCGCUAACUCUUUUCCAGGGCGAGCUACAGCAACGGAUCGUCGGUCUCAACAACGAGCUCAGCCAGUCUCGGGAGCAAGUGAGACAAUAUACUGCCCAGGUGCAGCAGCUGCAGACGCAGCUGUCGACUACUGCUUCCACCCCGAAUGUACGCGUAAGAAAUAAACUGGACGAACUACGUCUAACGAUACCGCAGACUGAGACCCAACAAAUCACCACUGCCCCCAGUGACGAGCUUGCUCAGACCAUAGAGGCGAAGAAUAAGGCCGAGGACCGCGUUCGUCAAUUGCAAGCCCAAGUACAGGAGCUAGACGCCCAAAAACAAGCAGUAGGAGACCUUUCUGAGGAUGUGGAGAAGCUGAAGGAAGAACUAGCGGCUUCGCAAAAGGAGGUGGAGGAUCUUCGUACCCGCCUUACCAUCUCAGAGUCGUCUGCCGCGGUAGGUGAGGGUGAGCCGACAGAGUCUGUUUCCGCCCAGAUUGCUCAGCAGGUGGCCGUCAUCAAAGAGGACUUGGAAGCCAAACACGAGGAGCGUACCAGUGCUGCCGAACGCGACGCAGACGAACGGGCCCGCCAAGCUGAGGAAAAGGCGAAGGCGAGGACGGAAUCAAUGAAAGAAAAGCUCAACGCGAAGAUCAAGCAAAUCCGACAGGAGCAUCAGGAGGCCAUCGAAAAGCUCCAAGCUGAGCAUGAGACCGAGCUGGCUGAGUUGAGACAACAGCUACAAACCGCAACCGAAACCUCGACCAGGAAAGAAGACUCUGCGGCGGCGGAAACAAAGGCGGCUGUGCCCGCGAUUGACGAUGUGACCCAUUUGACCAAGGAGCAAGUGCAGGCCAUUGUGAAGGACAAUGAACAUGCGCAGGUCAUCAUUCGUAACACUGUUCGCUCGCAAUUCGCCUCGAAGGAGCAAAAGAUGAAGGAGGAGCACGCCAGGGAGCUGGAGGAACUUAAACAGCAGCAUGCCAAAGUUGUUGAGGAGCUGGUUGCGAAAGCAGCGACUGCACCGGCAGGUAUCUCACCCGAGGAACUAGAGAAACGGCUGGAGGAGGCAAAAGCAAAGGUGAAGGAGGAGCAAACAAAGAUGAAUCUAGCAAAGAUAAGCUUGAUUCAAAAUCGCGCGGCGAAGCUCAAGGCCCAGGUCGAUGUCGUGGCCAAAGCUGCUGAAGAGACGCCGCAGCGUCCGGUUGUGGAGGUCUGGGAAGUGGCAAAGGAGGCCAAACCGCCUGCUGCCCAACCUGCCGCUGCUCCUGCGACACCCGGUGCUACUCAACAAACUCCGACGAAACCUGGUACGCCGUCACAACCCGCACAACCCGGUCAAAAUGGACAAGCACAAGCUGGGCCUCCCGCAGCGUUGGGACGACCCCAUAGCCCGGGAAUGCCUCAGGCCAACGGGGCGACGCCUGGUAACCUUGGCCAACCUGGAACGGCUCAGUCGCCAUUUAGUCAACCGAACCCUUUUGGCCCCGGCGGCUAUCCGAUCCAGGGUCAGGGAAUGCCUCAAAACCGUAUGCAGAUGCCAAAUCAGAUACCGCCAGCAUAUGGAGGUCCUAGUGGCAUAAUGGCGCCCGGAUUCAUGGGAGGACAAAUGCAACCACAGCCUGGCAUGCGUCCAGAAUCCCCCUUCGCUCAAGGACAGCAACCGCAGAUGCCUCAACAAGGCGGACGGGGUCGUGGACAUGAGAAUGUCGGAACUGGGCCGGCAGCACUUCGGAGCCUUGUCGGCCAGAGCCAGGCGCAGGGUGGCAUACAGUCAGGCAUACCACGACCUGGCGGAGGCGGAAUACCGCGCCCCAGCGGUCGUGGCCAGGGCGGUCAGCAGGCUCAACCUCCAGCAGCAGCUCAAACAGCUGGUGGGGCUCAAGCUGGACGCGGAGGAGGCCGUAGCGGUCGUGGAGGACGUCAGGGUCAACAACAGGGCAAUAGCCCAGGUGGAAAUCUGAACCCCAAUGCGCCUGGUUUCCAGCCUGGCGGCGGUCGAGGACAGAAGCGGACGCGUGAGGAUGGCGGUGACGGCGAUGGCCACCAGGGAGGGAAGCGUCCUCGAGGGGGACGGGGUGGAGCUUAGGUGGCCUUGAUAUGAGGAUGAGAGUGGAUUUCCGGAU